UGCAUCUGCCCGUGUCUCGAUCAAAUUGAGUACCCUUCAAUCACAAAACACCUGUCUGAUGGAACCCGCAUCCCGAUCCAAUGGUCAACGGCCUCGACGGCCCCGUGCCGCUCGUGCAUGUGAUCUUUGUCGCGCGAAGAAGAACAAAUGCGACGAAUCAUAUCCUUGCUCUUACUGCAAGAAUCGCCAACUUACUUGCGUUUACCAAGGCCAGCAGCCCAACUCACGACGCUACACCGCAGAGUACGUGAAACAGCUGGAAGAGCAGGUCAAGUUACUCUCGACACGGUCCGUUGCUUCACCUAGUGCACCGCCCAUGGUCCAAGUUGGCCAAAGCCCAUCCGCUCCCCACAUACAACCGCAGCAUUUCAAUGUUAUGGCACAGGAAGAGACCCCCGUCCCGAUCCGGGAGACGGGUGAAGAGGAAAUCUCCGGCGUCAACCGUCAUACGCGUGAUGUCGAGUUCUACGGAAGUUCUUCCUCCUUCGCUCUGCUAUCUCACAUCAGGCGUACUGGCCAGAGACGGCAGGACGAUGAAGAUGGCGCUCAGCUUGUUUCUAGCCUGCACAAUCCCGCCUUCCGGACCACACCAACUGCUUCCCACGGGGAUGGGAUGGAGACUGGCGUUGACUGCGCCAAUCACUAUCCUCAAUGUAGAGGCUUUGUGGAAAGUUUCUUCUCCACCAUUCACUACAUUCAUCCUAUCCUGGACAAGCGUGAUUUUUUGCAACAAUGCGAAGCUCUAUGGUCAAGAAGCUCUGACCAUGCGGCCCACCAUCCAACUUCGAGCUUUGUUGCACUAUACUACAGCGUUCUCGCACUGGGUGCGAUUGUUGCUGUCCGCGAAGAGGAAUCCAUUGACGGUUUGAGCAACCUACAAUGGUCUCGGAAAUUCUUCGACAUUGCUCGCACGUGUUGUAACCAGCUCGGUCUCGUCACAGAUCUAGAAAUGGUUCAAUGCUUUUUCAUGAUGGCCAAAGUCUGUCAGAACGAGCUUAACCCACACUGGUCCUACAUGUAUGUAGGUCUUGCGGUGCGAACGGCAUUAGCUAUGGGUGUGAAUCGUGACCCGGGGUCAAACACGAGGAAAUCACCUGCUCAGCUGAAGGCGGAAUCCAGAACUUGGUGGGGCAUAUUUUCAUUGGAAAUGGAAAUUUCGUUCUCUCUGGGAAGGCCUGACACUCUGGGCGCCGAUAUCUAUCAUAACCGAAGACUGCCAUUGGUCAGGACAGAUACGGAAACGGAACGCACAGAUUCUGAGAUGUCUGAGCCGCCGCACUGUGCCAUCAUCAACUACGCGGUCGAUUUAGCGAGGAUCACCAGGACUAUAUGCCAGAAGAUCUAUCUGCCUAACCCGAGCAUAGCAGAUAUGAUCAUUUUAACCAACCAGAUUGAAAGAGAACUCGAAAUGUGGGUGGAAAGCCUUCCCUCAGCUAUUCGACCUGAUACACAGAUUCAAUUCCAUCAAAAGCCUUCGUUGAGAAGCGCCAGGGAUGCGCAGUGGGCUAAACGACAAAGACUCGUGCUAAAUAUACGUUACAACAACCUCAGGAUCCUCCUAUUUGGCUCUUUACUCUUAAGAUCGUCACAGUCCGAGCGUGCUACUAUUCCAGGCUGCAUGGAAAACACCCACAAGUGUCUUGAUUCCGCGAAGCAGACGAUCAGUAUAAUCUACCAGACCUAUGCGCAUAACGAUUUCUUCCAGACAUGGUUCUAUAACAUCACAUAUACCGUCUUUGCCGCGUCGGUCAUUUUGUUAUACAUCACGCAAGGCUCAGCCAGCCACGAGGAAGCACAAUCUCUUUUCGAGCUAGUCAACAUGGCCGUGGAAAUCCUCGAAACUAUGGAAGAAUGCGUUGUUGCUCUAGAAGCUGCGCGGCUGUUGCGCAGCGCAAGAGAAAAGGCGGAAAGCAGACUAUCCUCCGAAACCGCCGCCGCAUACAAUCAAGAACAACCCAUAGGACAUGCUUCUUCCGAGCCUACCCCGCUCUUCACGCAUGUGGAAGGCCACUCUGUCCAGCUGAAUCACUACUGGGGACCACUGGGCCUGAUCGACGGCAGUGGCAUGGACUUUGACAUUGCGGCUCAGCUAGGCGCUUUCGACCAGAAUAACCCUAUGUUCUUUUCUUUGGGCGAAUUGUAGACCCCUACCUCUCGUUUUCGAAGACAUUGAAAAGGGUGCCAAUGUGUGGGAGGAUUUCCACCGCGAACUCAUCACCUUCUCGGAUGGUUACUUUUGGAGUGCAUCCUGCGCCCACUCCGGCUGGCGUUCCAGUAAUGAUGACUGUGCCUGCAGGCAGAGUCGUACCCUGCGACAAGAAGCUGAUCAGCUUGGCUAUGCUGAAAAUGAGGUCGCUGUAUCCGCAGUCAGAGAUGAUGGUGCGCAUGUACAGGGUUUGGAAGGACAUACUCGGUGCCGCAGUCUUGCUUCACAUCGCCGUUCUUCAAACCACGGAUACGUAGCGUGGAUGGGUCGGGGAUUA